AUGCCCGCACGGAUCCUCGCCCCGCCACGGUCAGCCCACGCCCAGGUGGCAGCAUUCGUCGACCGCCACAGGCAGCUCCUCGCCCUCGAACGCAGCGCAGAGGAGGAGCAGACACGCCUCCUCAAUUCAAAAUGCUCCCCAAAACUACUCGAGCAGCGGGGGCUGGCUAUCAACAGUCUCGGUGUUUCUGACAUCAGCAUUGGCUUGGGCGGGAAAAGCCUGGUGGAGCUGCACCGUCCACUAGCAUACCACACCUCGCAAGCCCUUCCACCGCACACCUUUCGGAGCGGUGAUCCCGUCCGUAUAGAAGCUCACGUCAGCUCUUCCACCUCCAAAAGCAAGGGCAAAAAGAAGGAUAACGACGAUGAAGGUGCUGUGGAAGGUGUCGUCUACAGAGUCGGCCCGGAAAAGGUGGUCGUCGCUGUGAGCGAGACGAAGGAGAUCGACUUGCCUGAGCGUCUACGAUUACUCAAGCUGGCGAAUUCUGUGACGUUUGAUCGUAUGAACCGUACCCUCGACCACCUUGCCCGACUUGUGCUUCCCGAACCAGACGCCCCGCCUCCACGCGCCUUCAACUUUCCCCUGAUCCGUUCACUCCUCGGCAUGCAGCUCCCCACAUGGUCUGAAGAAGUCCCCCCUACAAGAGCAUCCCUCGAGACCGACGGCGGGGAAAAAGUCAAUGAUAUAGAAUGGUUCGGCGAGAACUUGAAUGAUAGCCAGAAAGAAGCUAUUCGGUUCUGUCUCAAGGCCCAUGAUAUCGCUUGCAUCCACGGUCCGCCAGGCACUGGUAAAACGCACACCCUCGUCGAACUCGUAUACCAGCUCCUCGCCCGCCCCGUCCCGUCAUCCUCCAACUCUGCAAGCACCUCCCAACCCCCCAGAAUCCUCAUAUGCACCCCCUCCAACCUCGCACUCGAUAACCUCCUUACCCGGCUCCACGCCCUGUCUUCCCUCUCGCCAUACUCGUCCCUCGCUCCGCCGGGCUCUAUACUCCGAAUAGGCCACCCGACGAGGGUGCACAAAGAUUUAGUGAGAGAGACGUUGGAUUGGCGGGCUGCUAAUGGGGAACAAGGGGGGUUGUUGAGGGAUGUUGGGAAAGAGAUGCAGACGCAUCUUGGCGAUUUGGGAAGGAAGAGGGGAGAGAAAGGGGCGGUGAAGGGUAAGGAGAGGGGCAAGAAGUGGGAGGAAGUUAGAGAGUUGCGUAAAGAAUACCGCGCAAGGGAGGGCAAAGUUGUUAGUACAGUCGUCAACGGCGCCCAAGUCGUACUUGCUACAUGCCACUCCGCCGGCGCAAGACAGCUGAACAAUAUGAUCUUCGACAUUUGCAUCAUUGAUGAAGCGACGCAAGCUGUUGAGCCAGUAUGCUGGGUACCAAUUUUGAAGGCGAGCAAAUUGAUCCUUGCUGGUGAUCCGCAGCAGCUCCCACCGACAAUCAUGUCCAAAGACUCUGUGCCCGCCGUGAAAAACGUAGAGCAAGCCAUCCAAUCAAUCUCCCUUGGGCCCUCCCUCCAACCUCCAAAGACACUCGAAACGACCCUGUUCGAACGACUCGAAAAACUCUAUGGCGCCGGCAUCAAACGCGUCUUGCAAGUGCAAUACCGAAUGAACGAGCACAUUGCUUCCUUCCCUUCCGAAACUCUGUACGAGUCUGCCCUCGUUUCCGAUGCUUCUGUCGCUGAGAGGACGUUGGCGCAUUUCCCCGGUGUGGAAGGGGAAGAAGAAGAGGUGAAGGAUGAUCUCGAGCCGACGGUGGUAUUCUUUGACACGGCCGAAUGCGAGUUUUACGAGAGGACGGAGGGGGACGAGGAUAAGAGUGUGAAAGCGGCGAUUGGGGAGGGGAGUAAAAGUAAUGCGAAUGAAGCCGAGAUUGCGGCCAAGUGGGCUCGAAAGCUUGUUUCGUACGGGAUACCGCCGGCGGAGAUCGGUAUUGUGACGCCGUACCAAGCGCAGGUGGCUCUGAUCUCGUCGAUGCUACAUGAAGAGUUCCCAGAGAUGACGAUCGGAAGUGUCGACGGCUUGCAGGGACAAGAACGAGAGGCGAUCAUCCUCUCGCUGGUGCGAUCCAACGUGGCAGGCGAGGUCGGCUUCUUGGGCGAGUAUAGGCGGUUGAAUGUGGCAAUGACGCGAGCAAAACGGCAGCUUUGCGUUAUUGGAGACUCCAAGACUGUGGCGAGGGGGAGCAAGUACUUGAAAAAGUGGAUGGACUGGUUGGAGGCAGAGGCGGAUAUGAGAUGGGCAGGAGACGAGAUGGUGUAA